GAGGAAAAAUUUAAAGAUCGGAGUACUAGAAAGUCUGAAUUUUAUAAUAACGGCGACCAAAAUAGUAAUGUUUCGGUCGAUACAAUGUUUCGUCAAAGUUUUUUCCGUUACUUUAGUUCACAAGAGUUAAACUCACGACUCAUUGAAUUGCCGUAUAAGGGAUCGGAAAUGUCUUUUGUUAUUAUAUUACCAAAUGAUAGAAACGGUUUGUCAAAACUCAAGACACAGAUAAAUGCCAUAAACUUUGACAAAGCAUUCAAAUCAAUGGAUAGAAAAUAUGUAAAUUUAUUUUUACCAAAAUUUAAGUCAGAAAAAGAGUACGAUUUGAUGAAAGAUAUAAAUCCCAAACCAAUUGCAUUGACCUCUGAAUCAGAUUUAUCACGACUGUCCACUUCAUGUGAUAAAACCGUAUCCCAAAUCAAACACAAAACUUUUAUAUCUGUCGAUGAAUACGGAACCGAAGCGGCGGCCGUUACAGCUAUUGUUAUGAAGGGUCGUUCGGGUCAUAUAAUUAUUUCCCCACCGAUUGAAUUUCGUGUGGACCACCCGUUCCUAUACUAUAUUAUUGACAAAACUAAUGGUAUGAUUAUGUUUUCCGGAUAA